AUGUCAUCUCCAGUCAAUAGACAAGGAGGACAUAUACAUGCAAUUGUUUUGGCUAUUGGAGCAGGGAAGGUUAACGAUGAGAUAAUUAAAGGAUUAUUUGUUGAUAAAGUAAACAAAAGUUUAUUGAAUGAUCUUAAUAGCAAAUGUUUGGAUAAUUCGUUUUAUUGUCAACUUUUCAAUGUAAGAGAGUCAUAUAUAAAGUUUCAUUUCCAGUCUAUAAUUAAUAUUAUAAUUGAGAGGACUAAGAUUUAUGAUCAUAAUUUUUUAGCCUUGAUUUAA